GGCACAGGCAGCCCGGCCAUGGUCGCGGCUGCCACCUCCUGAGAAGCUAGGAGUGGAGAUCUAACCCUAACCCUAGCUCCAAUGUCAUUCGCCCCGCGCCUCCUCCUCCCCACCACGCCCCCCGCCCGCUGCCCCCCGCCGCCGGCCUCCGCGCGCCACGGCGGCCGCACCGCGCCGGAGCUGUCCGGCCCUACCCCGCGCGUCGUCGUCGUCACCUCCGGCAAGGGCGGCGUGGGGAAGACCACCACCACUGCCAACCUUGCCGCUUCCCUCGCCCGCCUCUCCCUCCCCGCCGUGGCCGUCGACGCCGACGCCGGCCUGCGGAACCUCGACCUGCUGCUCGGCCUCGAGAACCGCGUCCACCUCACCGCCGCCGACGUGCUCGCUGGGGACUGCCGCCUCGACCAGGCCCUCGUCCGCCACCGCGCCCUCCAGGACCUGCAGCUGCUCUGCCUCUCCAAGCCGCGCUCCAAGCUGCCCCUCGCCUUCGGCUCCAAGACCCUCACCUGGGUCGCAGACGCGCUUCGCCGCGCCGCCAACCCACCCGCCUUCAUCCUCAUCGACUGCCCCGCAGGUGUUGAUGCGGGGUUUGUCACUGCGAUAGCCCCUGCAGAAGAGGCAGUGCUGGUUACUACCCCUGACAUUACAGCCCUCCGCGAUGCUGACCGUGUUGCAGGGCUAUUGGAGUGUGACGGCAUCAAAGACAUAAAGAUUAUUGUGAACCGAGUGCGUCCAGACUUGGUAAAGGGUGAGGAUAUGAUGUCAGCACUCGAUGUUCAAGAAAUGCUUGGCUUGCCUUUGCUAGGUGUGGUGCCGGAGGAUGCCGAGGUGAUCCGGAGUACAAAUAGAGGUGUGCCGUUGGUUCUGAACGACCCACCCACACCAGCUGGUCUUGCUCUGGAGCAGGCAGCUUGGCGGUUGGUGGAAAGAGAUGCGAUGACAGCAGUUAUGGUUGAGGAGCAGGAGAGGCCCAAGAAGAAAGUUGGGUUCUUCUCAUUCUUUGGCGGGUAAAUGCUCUGAGAUCGAUAAGCUCAGUGUUAGGCAGCGUGUACAGAUUUGCAUUUUGAAGCUACGAAUUGGUUUUUCCCGUUUCUUUUGCUUUGUUCUAGCGUAGAAUGAUUCAUUCGUUGUGCUUAAAUCAAUAGACAAGAGUGUUUUGCUCAUGUUUUGGUCUGAACAUUAGUAAUUUAUGAAAAUAUAUGUAGUUCUGUUUUGGUGCUUCUA